AUGUCAAAAUUAUCGGAUUGCGAGCCUCUUCAGAAGAGAGAUUCAAUUACUCCAAGGGCAUAUGUAAAAUCCUAUUGUUGUUGUUGUAUGUUCGAUCAAAGAAGAGAGGAUCCCGCUUUAUUCGAUGAAGAAAACAUUCGAUACCGAGCAUUUUUUGGCACAAUGCACAUUCGAGAAGUUCUUCUAGUCCUGACCAUCAUCAAAACCAUCCUCGUAUUUUCCUUCCUAUUUCUUCAAGUAAUGGACACCGAAUCGCCAUUAGGAAUAUUUUCUGCUACAUUCGCGUUUCUUACAGUUUGUAUUACAAACGUUUUGUUGGUUGCGGGAGUCCGUCUGAAGAGAUACAUCUUCUUGAUCCCCUACUUUACCGUAUGUGUCUUAUUCAUUUUCGUCCUAAUCCUUCAUCUUUUUGUCGAUUUCCUCGACACUGCCAACUCAAAAGACACUGUCGAAAUGCAGCCGAUCCUCCAUAAUACUGUUUUGUUAUUUAUGAUCUGCUUCGAAUUCUAUAUGCUGUCGGUUGUCUGGCGUGCUUUCGUCUACAUUUGCGAUUCUAAUAUGCAACGGCAAAUUGAGAAGAUUGAGAAGAAGAAUAUGAUGCUUCUGAUUCUCAUUCUAUUCUCUACAUCACCAUUUCUUGUAAACUCUUUUCUGUUUGGUUUUGGCGGUGGCGGCGGUUGUGGCUGCGGAAGUUCCUGCGGAGGUUGCAACAUGGGAUGCUCCUGUCUACCUCCACCACCUCCUCCAGUCUGUAUGCCACCUCCACCUCCUCCAUGUCCUCCACCAGUCGUAUGUGCUCCACCACCACCUCCAUGCUCUUGUCCACCUCCGGUUACAAUGUAUCAGCCCUGCAUGGUUCCUCAAUAUGUUCCUCGAUGUGGCGGAUGUAGCAGUGGGUACGGUGGCGGAUACGGUGGCGGUUACGGUGGUGGAUGUGGACGAAGACGGCGAUCGGUUAACAGCAAUCAAACCGUUUAUUGA